GCGCUCGUCCUCGCUCCGGGCUGACGGGUCUCCAUCGGUCCGUUUCUACACAUUGUGGUCCUGCUCCCUCCUGCUGAGCCGGUCCGGUUCCCCCUGGCUCCAGGGUCCAGAGUCUUUCUGUGGCGCAGAGGAAACAGACCUCAGACCAGCGUCCGCUAUCAGGCUCAGAGUCCGGUCCCCUCCAGGAGACUCCCGAGUGUCUGUUGAGGACCAGAACCAGAACCAGAACCAGGACCAGGACCAGGACCAGGACCAGUCCCGGCCCCCUCAUGGCGGCCAGGAAGCUGCGCGGUGGUUUUUCUUGUCUGGAGGCCUCGUUGGCGGUCCUGUUCGUCGUCAUGACGGCGGUGAGCGUGGCGCUGAUCUCCCUGAUGGCCACCAGGACCCUGCAGACCGGUCCAGAGACCAUCAUCCCUCCCGGUCCGGAGGACUCGCCGUACCUGAUCGGCGUGGGCCGAGCGGACUGCACCGGGCCGCCGGCAGAACUCCCUCUGAUGGGGUAUGCCAGCCCUCAGCAGACGGCUGCAGGUCUUCACACUCGUCUGUACAGCAGAGCCUUCAUCAUCGACGACGGGAGGCGGAGACUCGUGUUCGUCACCGCCGACGUGGGAAUGAUGUCACAGAGGCUGAGGCUGGAGGUGCUGCAGGCGCUGCAGCUGAAGUACGGGUCUCUGUACCGCCAGCAGAACCUGGUCCUGAGUGGGACUCACACCCACAGCGGGCCGGCCGGCUACUUCCAGUACACCCUGUUCAUGAUCACCAGCAAGGGCUUCAUGAGGGCCUCCAUCGGGCCGCUGGUGGACGGCAUCGUCAAGAGUAUAGACAUAGCCCAUGGUAACAUGAAGCCAGGCAGGAUCUACCGGAGCAGAGGAGAGCUGGAGCACAGCAGCCUGAACAGAAGCCCUCACUCCUACAUGAAGAACCCCGAAGAGGAGAGAGACAGGUAUCGGGGGGACACAGAUAAUCAGGUGUUGGUGCUGAAGUUCACAGACCUGGAUGGAGACGGGAUCGGAAUGUUGAGCUGGUUCGCCGUCCACGCCGUCAGCAUGAACUCCUCCAACCGCCUGGUGAGCAGUGACAACUUAGGCCACGCCUCCUACCUGCUGGAGCAGGACAAGAACCGGGGACAGCUACCUGGACAGGGCAGCUUCGUGGCUGGCUUCUCCUCCAGUAACCUUGGAGAUGUCAGUCCGAACACCAGAGGACCCGUCUGUAUGAACACUGGACGACCAUGUGACUACCUGAACAGCUCCUGUCCCGAAGGAGGGACUAAGAUGUGUAAGGCGUUUGGACCUGGAGACGACAUGUUCGACAGCACGAGGAUCAUCGGACACAACCUCUACUGGAAGGCCAAGGAGCUGUAUGGCAGUGCAGUGGAGGAGGUGACCGGCUCCCUCCAGGCGGCUCAUCAGUGGGUCAACAUGACGGACGUCUCUGUUCAGAUCAAUGCCACACACACAUCGGUUGAUGUGUCUCAGGUCAGGACGUGUAAACCAGCUCUGGGUCACAGCUUUGCUGCAGGAACAACAGAUGGAGGAGGAGAACUGAACUUCACUCAAGGUGCAGUGGAGGGCGACCCCUUCUGGGACGGGAUCAGAGACGUCCUCCUGGGCGAGCCGUCCAAUCAGACGACGGCGUGUCAUCAGCCCAAACCCAUCCUGCUCAGCACGGGGGAGGAGCUGCAGUCGGAGGGGGCGUUCCGGGACACGGAGGUGGUGAUUGCCGGCCUGAGUAACGUCUAUACUCACUACAUCACCACCUAUGAAGAGUACCAGGUGCAGCGGUACGAAGGAGCCUCCACCAUCUACGGGCCGCACACGCUCAGUGCGUACCUGCUGAAGUACCGAGGCCUGGCCCGCGCCAUCGCACAGGACCGGGUGUCGGCGCUGCCCCUCGGACCUCGGCCUCCUUUCUUUGAGGAGAACCUCUUCAACCUGCUGCCGGCGCCGGCCGUGGACCGCAAACCGGAGAACCGCAGCUUCGGAGACGUCCUGCAGCAGGUCCAGCCGGCCUACCGACAGGGGGACGUGGUCUCGGUCACCUUCGUAGCAGGAAACCCCAGAAACUCCGGAGACAUCAGAGAUAAAACCUUUGUCACUGUGGAGAUUCAUGACAACAGAACAGACACCUGGGAGAUCGUCCACACUGAUGCAUCAUGGGAGACCAGGUUUCACUGGCUGAAGGGUUCCAACCAGCAGAGCAACGCCACCAUCGAGUGGCACAUCCCGCCGGCGGCGCCCAGCGGCGCCUACCGGAUCCGCCACUACGGCCACUACAGGCAGCGGGCGGGCUGGGAGACCUCCACCCGGGCCUACUGGGGGGCCUCCUCCACCUUCAGGGUCUCCACCAGCUUCUCCUCCCACUGAGGCCUCCACCUUCAGGGCCUCCACCAGGGGGCCUCCUCCACCUUCAGGGCCUACCGGGGGCCUCCUCCACCUUCAGGGCCUACCAGGGGGCCUCCACCAGGGGGCCUCCUCCACCUUCAGGGCUUCCUCCACCUUCAGGGCCUCCACCAGGGGGCCUCCUCCACCUUCAGGGCCUCCACCAGGGGGUCUCCACCAGGGGGCCUCCUCCACCUUCAGGGUCUCCACCACCUUCAGGGUCUCCACCAGCUUCUCCUCCCACUGAGGCCUCCACCUUCAGGGCCUCCACCAGGGGGCCUCCUCCACCUUCAGGGCCUACCGGGGGCCUCCUCCACCUUCAGGGCCUCCACCAGGGGGCCUCCUCCACCUUCAGGGCCUCCACCAGGGGGCCUCCUCCACCUUCAGGGCCUACCGGGGGCCUCCUCCACCUUCAGGGCCUCCACCAGGGGGCCUCCUCCACCUUCAGGGCCUCCACCAGGGGGCCUCCUCCACCUUCAGGGCUGACCAGGUGUACAAAUACUGUGUCUGUUCUUAAUGUGUAAUAAAAUACACCAGCAUAAUA